GUAACUGUCAAAACCAUACGGUUAGAUCUAGUGGAAUAUAAAAAUUUACUAUUUUCAUUGUUUGUCUUUUGAAAAAUAUUCAAAUAAUUGAGUUUAUUGGCCUUAUUAAUUUUGUUUGUGCUUCAACGCUAAAAUACAGAAAAAAUGUUUCAGUUUGGAUUUAAUAUGUUCCCGGAUAUUCCGAGACCCUUCAACGUCACAUACCAAUGCUAUUCUGUUGCUAUGCUUCCAGGAAAUGAACGACAGGAUGUAGAAAGAGGUGGAAAAAUUAUUAUGCCACCUAGUGCUCUUGAACAGCUAACCCGACUUAAUAUCAACUAUCCAAUGCUAUUCAAGUUAGUCAACAAAAAAACAAGAAGAGAAACACAUUGUGGUGUAUUAGAAUUUGUUGCUGAUGAAGGAAAAGUAUAUUUACCACUUUGGAUGAUGCAUAAUUUAAACCUUGAAGAGGGAGACUUGGUUCAGAUGGAAAGUGUAUCCUUACCAGUUGGUACAUUUUCAAAGUUUCAACCUCUAUCACCAGAAUUUCUUGAUAUCACAAAUCCAAAGGCAGUAUUGGAAAAUUGUCUUAGACUAUUUGCAUGUCUUACCAAGGGUGAUGUUAUAGCAGUUCAAUAUAACCAGAAAGUCUAUGAGUUGUGUGUGUUAGAAACAAAACCUGGUGAUGCAAUAAGUAUUAUUGAAUGCGAUAUGAAUGUAGAAUUUGCAGCUCCAAUAGGAUACAAAGAACCAGAACCUAAAAGAAAAACACAAGAGGAUGAAGAAAUGGCUCUAGAUCCUUCUGAUUUAAUGCCAGAACCCUCUGGUUUUGUCGCGUUUAAAGGUACAGGCAAUAGACUGGAUGGCAAAAAGAAAAAAGAAUCUACAUCUGCUGAACAUCUGAUCUCUAAACCAACAUAUGUCAGAGGAAUACCUGAUUAUGACUGGGAGAUAGGCACAUUACGAUUUAUCAGAAAAACGUUAAAGCCAAAAGCUAAUGAAUCCGAAGAACCCGAUGAAUUUAAGCCUUUUAAGGGGACAGGUUUUAGCCUGAGAAAUCGCACAUAAUGUAACUAUUUACUUCUAAUGUAUAUAAUUUUUUGUGAUUUUCAAACAUAAUAUUUAUUCUCAUGUUUUCUGUAUAAUUACAUAAAAUUAGUAGUUCCAAAGUAUUUUCAUUUAAUAUUUAUAUAAAGGUUUGGCUAUAAUAAAAGCUAUAAGUUAGUUUAUAAGAUGUUGUUUUGGGUAUCAGAAUAUAUUUUUAAUACACA